GGGUACAAAGGUAACAGCCCGCUAUCCACCUGUGCGUCCCCAGUAAUCUCGAAACAAGGAAAUAGCGAGUAAAACAGCAAAAUGUGUGAGAUUUGCGAUGUCAUGAAGUACAAUGGGAAAUAAUAUAACGAGAACCAUCGACAAGUGGGGAGUUAAUCCGAGGAAGAUAACGUUACGAAGUAAAAAGAGGAAAGGUGCACAACCAAUUCCUCAGCAGACAGCAGAUGUCCAUCACGACUCUGCGGUAGAUGAGCCUGUUUAUGCGAGGGUGAACAAGAAACGACGCCCAGAAGAUGAGCUUCACUAUGCUGAAAUUCAAGUGGUGCAGCCAAGACAAAUGGCCAGCAGAGGGAGACAGAGGCCACCUCCAGUCAGAGAGACUGAAUAUGCCACUGUAGACUUCAACACAACAGCACACACAAUGGCUCCGAUUCCCACAAAGUCUGAGCCUGCUGAUAUUCUCAUCCCUCCAGGAGCCCUACAGAGGCCAAAACCUAAAUCAUACAGAAAGAGGACUCCCUCUCCUGGAGGAGCUGUGUUGGUUUGAGUAUUUUUAAAUAAAAGUCUAUGGAAAUUUAAAAAGCAGACUAGAAGAGAGGCAACAGCCUUCUCAAUCAAAUGUCAAAGUGAAAAGGCCGGCCUCAGUGAUACUUCAGUGAUAUUUUACUAUUUUUAUACAAAUACAAAUGAAAAGGCAUAAUUUUUUUUUUCUUAAAAGGUAAAACAGAUAUACAUACAGUAGUACCCUGCCACAUAAUAGGCUAUAUGCAUGCUUUGGAUUGCCACUGUGACUAUUCUCUUUGCAAAAUGUAUAUUUCCCUUUCUUUGUUUUCUACAUCCAAGUAUAUUGUACGUUCACGUGGGUAGACUUAUUUGCGCUUUUUUUCUCAUAAUUUACCCUUUUGCUUUUGAGGGCUCAGCCGGAACACCUACUUCACUCAAUCACAGCAGUGCAAAUUCAAUGCAGUUACUAUGGUUACAGAGUAACAAUACCAUGUGCUCUGACUCUGUGUGACUGAGAUUGAAAGGGAAAACCCAUUGUGUUCUCCUCGAGCGCACAAAAGAUUUCGUCAGAGAAAGUAUUUUGGAUUAGGUAAGCAAAUUUGUAGCGAGCUACUUCCCAUUAAUGUCUGUUAGCCUAUAACUGCUCGUAAUCAAUCUGUUCCUAGAAUGUAAUACAUGCAGUAGUCGUUAGCAGUUCUUAGCCAGGGUUGCAAACGGUGUUAACCUCCUGGAAACUUUCCUUUUUGUUGCUCACAGUCGUUGCAGUUGUAAGGUUAGCUGGUUAGCUAGCUAGCUCAUUGAAAUGGGUACCAGUCUUGCAUACAAUUAGAUUAUUUGUGAUAUACAUUUAAUUAUCAUGUUACGGUAACUAAUAUCAGAUAAUGUUAGCUAACGUGACUUCCCGGACACCUCCUGAACAAAGACUGAAUUGUAUUCCAUAGUGGGUUUCAUAAACCUACAAAUUCGUUUGAUUAUCAGACGAUGACAUUGUCCACCUAAAGGCCGCCGAUGAGGUUGUGUACAGAUGGCCUCGACUGGACUCAAGACUUCAUCAUUGAAGGGAUCAGUAAGUACCCUAACGCGAGCACUUUUAUAUGGCCUGCAAUACUGUAGCUGAGUCCUAAAUGUCGUUGUACGAGGUGUAUCUGUCAUGGGCAAUGAAACUUGUUAAUGUAGAAAUGUUGUUGAAUGUGCUGUUAAAUGUUGUGAAUAAAUGUGUUAUAAUAACA